AUGGACGUCGAUUUGCCAUAUAAACUUGUCCCUGUUGCCGAACUCCAAGGACAUGAAGAUCGCGCCUGGCAUGUCGCAUGGAACCCGAAGAAACCCACUCUUGCGUCUUGUUCAGCGGACAAAACCGUCCGGCUGUAUUCCUACUCCUCGGCUCCAUGUUCUCAUUCUACCAACCUCGAUGAAGCCAACACGAGUUCACAUGCACACGAGCACCCUUUGAGGUUCGAACACAUCACAACGAUACCGACGGGGCAUGCGAAGACUGUCCGUUCGGUCGCAUGGGCACCAUCUGGGGAGACUUUGGCCACUGCCUCAUUCGACUCGAAUAUCGGGAUCUGGGAGAAAGGCGAAGAGGAGCCAGACGAGGAUGGAGCGACCGGUGACGGGGAGUGGGAGUGCAUUAGCACAUUGGAGGGACACGAGACCGAGUGCAAGAGUGUGGCGUACUCCAGCACUGGGACCCUGCUCGCCAGUUGUAGUCGAGAUAAGACGGUAUGGAUCUGGGAAGUCCACCCGGACGGUGAAUUCGAAACCAUUUCUGUAUUGAUGGAACAUACGCAAGAUGUCAAAUGUGUCGGCUGGCACCCAACGGAAGAGAUCCUCGCCUCUGCAUCGUACGACGACACGAUCAAGCUCUAUAUCGAGGACCCCUCUGACGAUUGGUUUUGCUUUACCACCCUGACGGGGCACACCUCGACCGUCUGGUCUCUCGCCUGGUCUCCUGCCGAGACGGGCGGCUAUCUUGCGUCCGCAAGCGACGAUAAGACGGUCCGGAUAUGGCGGCGGAUCGCAGAACACAAAUGGGAGUGCGUGCUGGUGCUGAGAGGACAUGAAAGGAGCAUAUAUUCGGUCAGCUGGAGUAACGGGAAGCAGGCGGAGGGCUCGCAUGCGUUAGGGUGGCUAGCCAGUGCCGGUGGAGAUGGGAAUGUGCUCAUAUGGGAGCUCUCAGAGCCUGCCUUAGAAGAAAGUUCGGCGAUUGUGAAACCACCAACCCACAAGCUUAUUGCGAACCUCAAGUCCGCACACGGUGUCCACGAUGUCAAUUCUGUCGUUUGGUGUCCACGGAAAGGUUUCGAAGAUCUUCUAGCGACGACGGGAGAUGAUGGUUAUACAAGAAUAUGGAAGAUUGCCCCAAGUUGA